GCGUGACUCCCAUACAAACUAAAUAUAUAACACAUUAUCAAAUGUAAACGGAUUAAAUCUGUACAUCCAAUUUGAUUCUAUCAAAACACGAGUAAGAAAGUCACAACGAAGAAGUUAAUUUCGCAAAAUUUAGCACGAAGAAAGGUUGUAAUUUUAUUCGUUGCUUUUACUAGACACAAUCAAACUAUCAUUAUGGUGGAACAGCGAUUGGAUUUUGUGAUAUUUGGAGCAACUGGAUUUACUGGAAAAUAUGCUGUAAAAGUAGCAGCACAAUUAGCUAAAGAGAAAAAAAUGAAAUUUGGAGUAUCAGGGCGCAGGAAACAAGCUUUAGAAGCAGUUGUUAAAGAAUUUGCUUCUGAUAUUGAAGAUGUACCCAUAUUGAUUGCUGAUUUAAAAGAUCAAGAGUCAUUAAAAAAUAUGACAGCCCAAGCUAAAGUACUUGUUAAUUGUAGUGGUCCAUAUAGAUUUUAUGGAGAACCAGUUAUUAAAGCAUGUAUUGCUACACAUACACAUCAAGUUGAUGUCAGCGGUGAGCCACAGUAUAUAGAAAGUAUUUGUUUGAAAUAUAAUAAAGAAGCAGAAGAAGCGGGUAUCUACAUUGUAAGUGCAUGUGGAUUUGAUAGUAUACCAUGUGAUCUUGGUAUAAUAUUUGCACAGCAACAAUUUAAGGGUGAAAUAAAUUCCAUUGAAACUUAUUUAAGUGUGUGGACAACCACAAAAGUUAAUGAUGCACUUGUACAUUAUGGAACAUAUGAAUCUGCUGUUUAUAGUAUAGCAAAUUUUCACGAAUUACGCGAAUUGCGUUCUAAACUCUAUCCCGAAAAAUUACCGCAAUUAUGGCCAAAGCUUAAAACAAAACGUUUCAUUCAUAAAUGUCCUGUAUCAGAAGGAUGGUCUGUAAUAUUUCCAGGAUCUGAUCGUUCUGUAGCUCUGCGUACACAACGAUUUUUAUAUGAAAAAUAUAAACAACGACCGAUUCAAGUUCAAACUUAUGUCACAUUCAAGUCAUUGUUCAUGGUGUUGUCAACGAUUAUUUUGGGUUUAAUAUUUGUAAUUUUAUCAAAGUUCGAAUUUGGCCGUAAUUUGUUACGAAAGUAUCCUACAUUCUUCUCUGGUAAAUUUGUGUCUCAUGAGAGCCCUAAAGAAGAAGUAUUAGAUAAAGUACGUUUCUCUAUUACAUUUCAAGCAAAAGGGUGGUAUGAAAAAUUGGCUGAUCCUGCUGAUAAACACAAAAAUCCACCAAACAAAGUAUUAAUUACAGAAGUCACUGGCAAAAAUCCUGGAUAUGGUGCUACAUGUAUUAUGUUACUGCUUUCUGCUAUAACAAUUCUUAAAGAAUCUGAUAAAAUACCUGGAACUGGUGGUGUUUUAUCUCCUGGUGCUGCAUUUGGUAAAACAUCAUUGAUCGAAGAGUUAAAUAAGAAUGAUAUACAAUUCAGAUUUCUUACUUCUACAGGGUCGAGAGGGGCAGUCAUGAACGGGAUUUCCAGUCAAUGCGCGAAAAUCAAGGACCUGAGUAUAUACGACAACGAGGACGAUCACAAGAUGGUGAUGAAAAAGCCUGGACCAUUGAGGACCGUCUCUUGGACAGAGAACGUCGAGGAGAGCAACCUAGAUGUGCCGGGGACGCCCAGGACGCCGCGUACUUCCACUACACCAGGUCACGAAAAAUGUAUGUUUCAUCACGAUCUGGAGUUAGACCAUAGGCCACCCACGCGGGAAGCCCUGCUCCCAGAAAUGUCACGAAGCUACAGGCUACUUUUGAGCUCCCUAGGCGAGGAUCCUGAUCGGCAAGGAUUGUUAAAGACGCCGGAACGUGCCGCGAAAGCCAUGCUGUUCUUCACGAAAGGCUACGAUCAGAGCAUCGACGAUGUAAUAAAUGACGCGGUGUUCGACGAGGAUCACGACGAGAUGGUCGUAGUGAAGGAUAUCGAGAUGUUCUCCAUGUGCGAGCAUCAUUUGGUCCCGUUCUACGGAAAGGUUUCGAUUGGUUACCUUCCUUGUAAGAAGAUCCUUGGCCUCAGCAAAUUAGCUAGGAUCGUGGAGAUCUUUAGUCGACGUCUUCAGGUUCAAGAACGGCUUACCAAGCAAAUCGCAGUUGCGGUGACGAAAGCGGUGCAACCAGCAGGCGUGGCUGUGGUUGUCGAAGGAGUGCACAUGUGCAUGGUGAUGAGAGGGGUGCAGAAAAUAAACAGCAAGACGGUUACGUCAACGAUGCUUGGCGUGUUCCGGGACGACCCAAAGACUCGCGAGGAAUUCCUUAAUUUGGUCCAUAACAAGUAAACACCUUUCGUCGAAUCUGUAAAGCAUAUUUUUUGUUAUUGGCCAAGGGACCACUGUAUUUAGAAUGGCCCUGACAUGAUUCUUGUUCCAACGUUUUUGUCAUAAUGCUACCUCACUCUAGAAGGCGUCCAAAAAAAGUUGAUUUUAUGGCGUACUUCUUCGCAACAUUCCUUUUAUUUUUUAAGGAAUACAUUAUUUCGUACAUGUGAAGAUUAUAAAAAAUAUUUCCUUUUUAUGACUCUUGUCGUAUAGUCAAGAUAGUUCUAUUCGACUAUCGUAACACAGCGGCUAAUAAGGUUGGACGAUGUUGUCUAAGACGUCUUUGAAUAAGACGUUCUUACACUGCUAAUCGAAUGACACAAAGACAAUAUGGUAGUUACAUACGGAAACUUUGCGUAAGUCUCGAGACCUACUAGUAAGAUUUCUAGUACGACAAAAGAGAACUUACGAAUCGUUUCGCGAAACGACAACGCAUG